AUGAAUAGAUUUAAAAUAGAUAUAUUUUCAAAGUUUAAAUCAAUAAAUAUAAUAACAUUGUUAAUAUUAUUUUUAAUAAUAAAUAUAAAUUACAUAAAUGGACAAACUGAUAAUAUAUGCAAAGGAGAUUUAAUAUAUAGGAAUGUGUCCAAUAGAAUAGAGGAUGAAAAGCUUGGAUUCAAUUUUGUAAAAUAUAAUGACACAUAUAUAUCGUGUGUUAUACCUUGUCCCUCACCAUUCUUUGAAAUUGAUGAUUGGCAACUUUUUUUAACAAUGAGUGAGGUAAUGGGCACAAUUUCAUUCUUUUCAGGUUUAUUUUUACUAAUCACUUAUAGUCCUUUAGUCAAUAGAAAGCACAAUAAGCAUACAAUAGGUAUUUUAUGUAUGUCAUUUGGAGUUUGCAUUGCAAUGUGUACAGAUUUUUAUAGUUUUGGCCAUAGUUUUAAAGAUCCAGAAAAGUCAUUAUGUCCUUCACCGGGUCAAUAUUUAACAUCAAAUAAUGCAUUGUGUGUUAGCUCUGGAAUUUUAUUACAAUUUGGUGGUGUAUUCGGUUUCCUUUGGUGGGUUUUCCUCUCAUUCGAAAUUUGGAUGAGCAUUAAAAGAAGACAAGAAAGAAAGAAUUACGAAAAAUAUUACUUUAUUUUUACAUUUAUAAUCAGUAUAGUAUUUUCAUUUGUCCCACUUGCAAAUGAUCAAUAUUCAAUGAGUUAUAUCGGUUUAGGUUGCUGGUUAGGUGAUGCAGUCCAUCAAUUAGCUUUGUUUUGGAUACCACUAACAAUCUGUCUCAUUACAUCAUCAGUAUUUAUUAUUUUAAUUUUAAAAGAAAUCCACCAUGUACUAUCAAAUCAAAAAUCAAAUUUAAAGGGUAAUAUUAGACCUUUGAUUUGUAUUAUAUUAACAGGUUUCGCAUUUUUUUAUAUGUUCUUUUAUUAUUUAUCACUCGCCGCCGAUCAGAGCACCUAUGAAAAUGUUUUAGAUGACUAUGUAAAAUGUUUACUUGAGGGAGAUGAUAUAACAAAAUGUUCAGCUGCCAAAUUCUCAGUUGCUGGUAAUUUUGUUUUCCUUUUUUGUUUAAGAGUUUUGGGUAUUGGUGCUUUUAUUUUUUAUGGUAUGUUUAAUCAUUUUAAAAAGAUUUGGUUAGAUUCAUUUUUAUUUAAUAAUUCAUUUGUAAAUAAAUUCAUUUCAAGAAAUAGCAGUAGUAGCAAUAGUGGUAAUAGUGGUAAAAACUCUUCAUCAUCAAGUAGUGGCAUGACAAAUGCAUCAACUAAAAACAAUACCAAUAACUCCAAUGUUAUUAAUAACUCUGCAUUUGACUCAUCAGUGAUCGAAAUGUCAAUUAAAGAAGAUUCAAUAAGCAAUGAAGAUGAUCUGGUAUAG